UGCGCGUAGCCAGCGCAUCUGUGGCGGAGCUUCAUGGUGAUGCUCGUGCUUCUGCGGCAAACAUCGAAGGAGCAAAGCGGCGUUCGAUCUUUUGCAUGGAUCGUUCCUCUCAUACCGCCCAGGCGGAGGUCUGAUGCCCGGUGAUACGGUUCUGUCUCUGGAGAGCAACGUGCGCACUGAGAGACACGCUGCGGAGCUCCACACGGCCAUGUGACAGAGGAUGAUGGGAGGAAAAGAUCCAAAUCCGGAGGACUGGUGGAGACAGAGGGAGUCGUACAAACGUCAGUUCAUUUGAUCCAACGCUGAUAAAGUCAACAACUGUGACAUGGAACACAUCCGUGGAGCACUAAGGUGUCCCAUUUGAAAAGUUGAAAGAGGAAAUGAGGGUCACAUUCUUCUGAUCACAAAAGAGUAGACGUGCUCCAUCUGUGCAAACGACACAGCACUAGCAGAGUCCAAUGACUGCUCUGGGUGGAGUGAACACGGACACAUCUCUCACUGUGUGUUCACUACUGCUUCACGCCAUAUAUGUGAGUUCUCAGGGGCAAAAGGUGCUGACUCAACAGAAGAGAAACAAGCAGAUGAUGAAUACCUAAGAGUUCCCUCAGUGUUUGUUCUUCUCCUCUAGAACGACAAGCUAGGUUAUAUUUUGUAUUCAAAAGAGAAGGCAAGAAGCAGAAGCCCUGAGUGGUCACCAUGCCUCGGAACCGGGCCUUUUCUGAGCCAGAAUACUCUGCAGAGUACUCGGCAGACUGCUCUGUCACUUUGCCCUCUGACCCUGGGCAGGCGGUCGGACGGGCGCAUGAGGUCACCGUCCGGAACUCAGGAUGCUGCCUCUGCCUGCCGCGGUUCAUGCGUCUCACCUUCGCACCCGAGUCUCUGGAAAAUCUGUACCAGACCUACUUCCGACGGCAGAGACACGAGACCCUGCUGGUGCUUGUGGUGUUUGCUGCCCUCUUCGACAGUUACAUCAUCAUCAUGUGUGCGGUGGUCUACACCACUGACAAGCUGGCUUCUGUUUUAGUGGCAUCGGUUGGACUGGCGGCUGACGUUGUCCUCUACCUGCUGUGCCGCUUCGGGCUGCUGCCGGACCGCAUCUCGAGGCGGGUGGUGCCCUACGCUCUGUGGGUGCUCAUAGCAGCGCAGAUAUUCUGCUACCUGGGUCUGAACUAUGCUCGCUUCCACCAGGCCAGUGACACUGUGGGCUGGCAGGCUUUCUUCAGCUUUUCCUUCUUCCUGACCCUGCCUUUGAGACUGACACCUAUAGUGCUGAUCACUACUGUAUCCUGCGGGGUCCACACCCUGGUUUUGGGCGUCACUAUUGCCCAGCAGCAGCAGGAGGACAUCCAGGGAACAGCACUUAGCAGAGAGCUGCUGGCCAACGUAGUAAUCUAUAUGUGUGCCAUCACCGUGGGCAUCAUGUCGUACUACAUGGCCGACCGGAAACAUCGAAAGGCCUUUCUAGAGGCAAGACAAUCCCUGGAGGUCAAACUCAACCUGGAGGAGCAGAGCCAGCAACAGGAACGCCUGCUCCUCUCCAUCCUUCCAAAACACAUAGCUGAUGAGAUGCUUCAGGACAUGAAGAAGGAGCCCAGUCAGAAAGAGAUGCAGCAGUUCAACACGAUGUACAUGUACAGACACGAAAAUGUCAGUAUUUUGUUUGCAGAUAUCGUGGGCUUCACACAGCUGUCGUCGUCCUGCAGCGCUCAGGAGCUGGUCAAACUGCUCAAUGAGCUCUUUGCUCGCUUUGACAAACUGGCCGCAAAAUAUCACCAGCUGAGGAUCAAGAUCCUGGGCGACUGCUACUACUGUAUCUGUGGGCUGCCAGACUACAGGGAGGACCACGCUGCAUGCUCCAUCAUGAUGGGCCUGGCCAUGGUAGAGGCCAUCUCGUACGUCAGAGAGAAAACCCAGACCGACGUGGACAUGCGGGUUGGACUGCACAGCGGCACAGUCCUCGGAGGGGUACUUGGUCAGAAACGCUGGCAGUACGACGUUUGGUCCACAGAUGUCACUGUAGCCAACAAGAUGGAAGCGGGAGGGAUACCCGGUCGUGUCCACAUCUCACAGAGCACCAUGGAAUGUCUUCAUGGAGAGUUUGAUGUUGAGCCAGGGAAUGGAGGUGAGCGCUGUGACUACCUGAGGGAGAGGGGCAUCGAGACUUUCCUAGUGGUUGUUCCUAAAGGACCUGUGGGGAAGAGUGGCAUCAAUGGUGUAAAGCUGUCUGUUACCUCUUCCAAUGGAAACUCCCCCUUGUUGAUCAACACCACGGAGUGUAACGGCAGUGUGAACACAGCCUGUACCUCUCCGGAGGAGCCAGAAGACCUUGAUACAAGGGUGGUAAAUCCAUCUUUUCCUAACCCUCGGAGAAGGCUGCGGCUGCGGGACCUGGCUGAACGGGUCAUCGAUGCCCAGGAGAACGAACAGGAGCUCAACAAACUGCUCAACGAGGCUCUGCUGGAAAGAGAGACGGUCCAGGCUCUGAAGGGGAAACACACCAACAAACUAUCCCUGAGGUUUGUGGAUCCAGAGCUGGAGACUCGAUACUCUGUGGAGAAGGAGAAACAGAGUGGAGCUGCUUUCUGCUGCUCUUGUGUGGUCCUGCUCUUCACUGCAGCUAUGGAGGCCCUCAUAGACCCCUGGCUGAUUGCAAACUACAUCACAUUUGCAGUGGGAGAAGUCCUUCUGCUUAUCCUGACAAUCUGUUCUUUGGCGGCCAUCUUCCCAAGAGUCUUUCCCAAGAAGCUGGUGUCUUUCUCCACCUGGAUCGACCACACCCGCUGGGCUCGUAACACCUGGGCUAUGGCAGCCAUCUUCAUACUCACUGUGGCCGACAUCACAGACAUGCUGAGUUGUCUGCCUCGAGUCCCAGAUACAGACAGCCCCACAGUUGCCCCAUCCGCUUCCUCCUCAUUUUCUUCCACCUGGUCUGGCUCUGACGGUUGUCUGGACAACCCCAAAUAUUACAGCUACGUUGCUGUGCUGGCACUGAUGGCCACAACCAUGCUGGUUCAGGUCAGUCACAUGGUCAAGCUCACGCUGAUGCUGCUCAUCACAGUGGCCACCGGCAUUGUUAACAUCUACAGCUGGAGGGACAUCUUCGACAGCUAUGACAUGGCCCGAUUUCAGGACUACAGGUCAUACCUGGUGCCCUCCAAGUUCACAAUGACGAUUAUGAUCUUCAUUAUGAUGGUCAGCUUCUAUUAUUUCUCUCGUCAUGUGGAGAAGCUCGCCCGCACCUUGUUCCUGUGGAAGAUCGAGGUCCAUGAGCAGAAGGAGAAAGUGUAUGAGAUGAGACGGUGGAACGAAGCGCUAGUGACCAACAUGCUGCCUGAACAUGUUGCUCGACACUUCCUGGGCUCCAAAAAGAGGGAUGAGGAGUUGUACAGCCAGUCCUACGAUGAGAUUGGAGUCAUGUUUGCCUCGAUUCCCAACUUCUCUGACUUCUACACGGAGGAGAGCAUCAAUAAUGGAGGAAUCGAGUGCUUACGGUUCCUCAAUGAGAUCAUCUCUGACUUUGACAGUCUGCUGGAUGAGCCUCAGUUCCGCUGCAUAACAAAAAUCAAGACCAUCGGCAGCACCUACAUGGCAGCAUCAGGUGUCACCUCAGAUGUCAGCAACGGAUACACAUGCAUGAAGAAUGAGGAGCAGUCUGAUAGAGAGCGCUGGCAGCACCUUGCAGACCUGGCCGACUUUGCUUUGGCCAUGAAGGUCACACUCAUGAACAUCAACUAUCAGUCCUUCAAUAACUUCAUGCUACGCAUCGGUCUGAAUAAGGGCGCAGUGUUAGCAGGAGUGAUUGGUGCCCGAAAACCCCAUUAUGAUAUUUGGGGCAACACUGUGAACGUGGCCAGUCGCAUGGAGUCGACGGGAGUCAUGGGAAACAUCCAGGUGGUGGAGGACUGCUACAACAUCCUGAAGGAGUACAGCUUCCGCUUUGUGAGGAGGGGGCCCAUCUUUGUGAAGGGAAAAGGGGAACUACUCACCUAUUUUCUGAAAGGAAGAGACAAACAAGGCUCAUUUAUCAAUGGCUCUUCUAUCACUCUGCCACACCAGGUGGUGGACAGCUAAGGACCACACAGACACAUACACCCAUGACGAGCCACAGGAGAGCGGUUUGGGAAUGAAGUAAUUUGCCUAAAACCGCUCUAGCUCCUAAACUUAACUGAAUGUUUACAAGUCAGACGAAAACACCACUGACUUCAUACACACCUGUGACCACACACCACUCACUACCGAACUCACACACGUGCUGUGUACUAUUUGUGUGAUUAUAUGUGUCAGUAGAGAGUGUAUUUAAAUUUGAAUGUUGAAUUCAAUGAAUUAACCGAAAAGAUUAGAAACUGAUUUUUUGAGUUAUUGGAAUGAAAAUUAUGUUUUGAAUUUGACCUAUUAUUAAUUAUGACUCAUUCAAAUGUAUGUAUACCUAUUUGAAUACAAUGAUGGUCUUUAUAUCUUUCCAUAAAUAUUUCUCAGAUAAAACAGAACAUUGAUCUCACACACACACAGAGCCUCUAUAUUCUGGACUGAUACCCAUUGACAGAAUACUGCCAUGUAUGGGACCCUGACAAACCGAUCUGGGCUCAGAUUUCCUGUCUUUGAUGAGCGAAAUGAUGUGGAAGUGGAAUAAUGACAGGCCAGAGGUGAUGUUACGGACUGAUCUGCCAAUGUGUAGUUGUGUAUUUAGUGUAUUUUUCCAGUAUUGUCCUCUCUGCUCCUGGAGCGGGCACACCACACUGCAUCACUUGCCACUGGUGUGGAACAGGUGUGUACUAUGUUGGUUUUAGGGAGGGACAAGUGAUGCUGUCCAGAGGGAAGCAAACAUGGAAGACAUGAAUACUUUUCACAAUGAUUGUGGAUUGAUGGAAGUGCCUAUGACAGCUGUGAUCACCAUGUUUUCUUGUAGUUAAACCAUUACAUGGCCUUCUACAGGCAGGGUUCUGUAGUCCUCUCACAGUAUUCCUUUUUAUUUCAUUUUGCCCUGGUAAAAAACAGUUACUGUACACUUGACGGCUAAGAUGUUCAGGCACGAUGGCAUUACCAAAGUGGGUCCAAAUGGUCAAGACACAAAAGUAGUCGUGGACCUCUGAUCCGACAGGUUGGAAACACAUCAACAGCUGAGACAAAUAAAACGGUUAAAUGCUCCAUCAAUUUCUGUUGUUUUAUUUUGACAGCACUUACUAGGAUUUCACGUGAUUAAAUUCAAAGUUCAUGAAAUGGUAUAUAUGAGUUUAUUAAGUGUUUAAGUGUUCCUUUCCAACCUGUGUGUGUGUGUGUGUGUGUCUGAAGCAUUAAUGGGAGAACAAUGUUAGACAAAAAUCAAAAAGACGCACACUGUCAUACACAAUUUGUCUUUAUUUGCCUGGUAGUUAUGUGGAAAAAGAAGGCUACACAAUAUGGAAUUCAUGGCAGCCUUCCGAAUUAUUGGCACAAGAUUUGGAAAAACUCCAUUUCCACUUGGUUAGCUGUUCUCAGCUGAUGAUCUGAUAACAAUGUGAGCUUGACUCCCUCCAGGUGGGAUUUAACAUGGAGAUUGGAAGAGGUGAGCCAAGCUAUCAAUAUGUCUGCUUUAAGCGGAAUUCUGACAGCAUGAAUGUGUCUUUACGGUGCAAUAGUUUCUUCAAACCUGAUAUUCUCCUCUCUUGUGAAAAGAUUGAAUCAUUCUUUCGCCUUUGAUUAAUAUUUUUAAAAUGUAAUGUUCAAUUGUUCUAUUUAAAGUGAAAAAUGUGAAAGGACUGAAUGUGUCCUAGUUGCACAUAAAGUUUAGAUGGUGAUAAUUGGUCAGACUUAUUUAUUGGAAAUGACAGGAACAUUACUUUUCUUACAUAAAUGUGAACGUGCUAAUGAUAAAGGGAUGGCUUUAAAUGAAACUGCAGCAGUUUCCUGAUUUGUAUUGUUAAAUAAUCUCAGGUUUAGGAAAAACAUUUGAUGAAUGUGUCAUGAUUCUAGAUAUCUUUGAGAUCUUAUCUGGACGACAUAACACAACAUUGAGAGGCAAUAUGUAGAGCCUGAUGCAGCAGGGGCAGCAGAUGCAGGGAACGAAGGGCCCGGAUGGAGGUCAAUAGCGCAGUCGUAGGGCCGCUGAGGUGGUAACAAGAGCGCCCCAGCGUGGCAGUCCUGUGGAUCUCAUGAGAUAAUCCUCCCCGCCGCCAGUUAAUUAGAGUAUUAUAAGAGGCAGGCCAAGGGUGGUCCGGAACUAAAAAAGUCAUUGUUAUCUUUAAAAAUUAGGGCUGUCAAAAAUAGCGCGUUAACGACGUUAAUUAGUUGUUUGUUGUUAAUUACGUCAAUUUUUUAACACAUUUCACGCAUGGGCAGUGUGACAAAUUAUUCAGGUCAGGAAAGUACCUCUUCCUCUAGGGAAUGCACUUCAUCCUAUACAACGCCACCUGCAGGCAUAUGUCAGGCCGACAGGUUCAGCAAGUCGUUUGCGCCAGUCCACGUUGAAUGUUCGCAGGGGUGCGGGUGCUAGCGGUCAACGACUUCAAGGUGUAACCUUUAUUAUUGUUCGGUCUGAAACGGCGCGCCCAGUGACGGGUGGUGCAGCAAUAUUGUUGUUCGGGUGGAAAUCGGGAGAAAUUCGGGAGAAAGGUCGGUCCGGGAGAUUUUCGGGAGGGGCUUUGAAAUUCGGGAGUCUCCCGGAAAUAUUGGGAGGGUUGUCUGGUCAUCGCAGCCCUGGACCAUCACGAGCACAAACUCGUUUUCCCGACCGCAGCAGAGUGGAAUAAACUGCAGCGG